AAAUUACCGCUCCGUUGUGGCCAGUACAGUGAAUCAGCUUGAGCCGUGCGGACGCAAAUUUUCUCCGUCGAUCGCCAACAUCAGCAACCUGCGCCUGGUAGGCCACAGCAACAGCAGCAGUAGUAGACUACCUGAUUGAUCGGUGUCUUCCAAGCCAUCGAUCGGCGAGCGUAAACGGCUUCUGGUCUACGUCUGCCCUGCGCCCUGUUUUUGGGAACACAAAACUUCCCCACACGCAGCAACCCGCAACGGCCCUGCGAGGAUGGAUCUUCGAGCGAGCGCAGAGUCGGGCCACAACAACGAGCUGACGAUGACGGAGGAGCGCAAGAUCACGUCCACCCCGGUGAUGGAAUUUUAUCGCGACAAGUGUGUGCUGAUCACCGGAGGUACCGGCUUUAUCGGGCGCUUGCUGAUCGAGAAGCUGCUCAGAAUUAACGUCAGACAGAUUAUUCUCCUUUCCCGGCCGAAGAAGGGCAAAACGACGCAGCAGCGUUGCGACGAUCUGUUCAGCAGCAUCGUCUUUAUGAACCUGAAGAAAGACUGCCCCACGUUCAUCGAGCGUGUCAAGCUGGUCGAUGCGGACCUGCAGCACCCGUCCCUCGGCCUCUCGGACGAAUCGAUCGAGUACAUCGUGAACAAUGCGCAGAUAGUGCUGCACGCCGCCUCGGACGUCCGCUUCGACCAGGCGCUGAAGAAAGCGAUCGAGGUGAACGUGCGCGGCACGCGCGAUCUGCUGCGCAUCGCGGAGAAGAUCGUCAAUCUGGAGCUGUUCGUGUACAUCUCGACCGCGUACUCGAACUGCCCCCAGGGACUGAUCAAGGAGCAGUUCUACACGCCACCGUCCGAGCCGGAAAAGAUGAUCCAGCUGGUCGAGGCGAUGGACGAGCGGUUCGAGGAGCACAUGAACAAAACGGUGAACGAUUUCAUUCACCCCUGGCCGAACACGUACGUCUACACGAAGGCACUCACCGAGGACGUGGUGCGGCAGUACGGCGAGCUGCUUCCGAUCGCCGUCGUGCGACCAUCGAUUGUGAUUGCUACUAACGAGGAACCGAUUGGUGGCUGGACGGACAACAUCUACGGGCUGAACGGUGUGAUUGCGGGCGUUGCGCUUGGCAUCAUUCGCAUCAUGCACGUGGAUGACAACAACAAGGCGGACAUCAUACCGGCGGACAUAGUCGUGAAUACGGUGCUUGCUGCCGGCUGGCAAACCUACGUAGAACGGAAAGGCGACCGACCGCUGCCGGAGGCUAAGGCGAACGGGGAGCUGAAGGGUGUGGCCAAACCGCGCACCAAAAUUUACAACUGUGUCACCGGAAACGACAAUCCCAUCUCGUACCAAAAGAUCUACAAGUACUCGAUCGAGGUGGGUAAACAUUGUCCGCCGAAGAAAUCGCUCUGGAUCGUGUGCCACAACACGACGACGAACAAGUAUCUGUACGAGUUCUACAAAGUGAUCUACCAUCUGCUGCCCGCACUGUUGAUCGACACGUACCUGCGAGUGAUCAGACGCACACCAAGAGUUAUGGACCUUUAUCGAAAGGUGCACAAAUUCGCCACAGUCAUCGAAUACUUUGCCAACGGACGAUGGACAUUCGAGAAUGACAAUUUGAAAUCUCUGAGAGAAAAGCUGUCUCCGGACGAUCAGAUUAUGUUCCAGUGCAACAUUCAGAAGAUCGAGUGCCGACUACUUCUGGACGUACAUUCAUGGGUUGCGCAAGCACAUCGCCAACGAGCCGCUGGAGAACCUGGAGGAGGCGAUCAAGCGCCACAAGCAGAUGCGGAUAGUGCACUACUUCAUACUGGCCGCUUACUACUCCAUCUGGGCGCUGCUCAUCUUCUACCUCUGCAAGGCGGUUGGGAUGUUAGUCUUCUAAAGCUGGUUGAGCGAUAUUGUAUUGAUUCGCACUUCCUCCGGCAAGGAGAAAGAAGAAAACGUGGACAAAUCAUGAGCCUGGAGGAGUUUAACGCUAACAAAUCUCCCGUGAAGGAUUUCUACCACGGCAAAACGGUUCUGCUUACCGGGGGCAGUGGGUUUCUGGGCAAGCUGUUCAUCGAAAAGCUGAUCAAGUGUGGCGUGCGUGAGAUCCUUCUUCUGCUGCGCUCCAAGAAAGGCGUCAGCCCGGAGGAGCGGCUCCAGGCGCUGCUCAAGAAGGAGGUAGUGUUUGUAAACUAUCAGCAGCAACCGGAGCUGUACCUCGACCGGCUGAAGGUGAUCGAGGGAGACAUCAGCCGGCCCGGGCUAGCGAUCAGCAACGAUGAUCUGGACUACGUGAUCAAGCACACCCACAUCGUGCUUCACUCGGCCGCCGAUGUGCGGUUCGACGAGUCGAUGAAAGAGUCGGUCGAGACGAAUGUUCGCGGUACCGAUCAUCUGCUUAACAUUGCCGAAAAAUGUGCCAAUCUUGAGGUCUUCGUGUACGUAUCGAGCGCCUUUUCGCAAUGCAUAAAGGAGUCGGUGGAGGAAAAGUUCUACACGCCCAACAUCGAUCCGCUGGAGUUGAUCAAAAUGAUGGAAAACGAACCGCGCCUGGACGAGCUGGAGGCUGUAUCGAAGAAGAUGGUGGAACCGUGGCCAAACACGUACUCGUUCACGAAAGCUCUGGCGGAGGAGGUCGUGCGACGGCGCAGAGACAAGAUGCCGAUAGCGAUCGUUCGUCCUUCGAUCGUGACUUCCACCUACGCAGACCCCAUCGUCGGAUGGACGGACAACUUCUACGGGUUCAACGGGGUCGUGAGCGGUGCCGGAACCGGUGUGCUGAGGAUCUUCCACAUUCGCGACGAGUACAAGGCGGACAUCAUCCCGGCCGAUAUCGUCAUCAAUGGUACGCUGGUGGCGGCCCACUACGCCGCCAAACACCCGGCAGAGGAGAACGUGUUCAACUGUACGAUGGACGAAAACCACACGACCUGGGGUGACAUCCGGAACGAUUGCCUCUCGCAGAAGGGCGUGGUGGCGGUGAAGAAGUCCCUCUGGAUACCGACCUACAACACGACGCGGUACUACUACGUCGCUAGCUUUCUGCAGGUGUUCUACCAUCUCAUACCGGCAGUGUUUUUCGACCUCGUGAUGCGCUGCCGGGGUGAGAAGCCUCAGAUCUUGCGCCUGUACCGGAAGGUGCACCGGUUCUCGGACGUGCUGCGGUUCUUCACCAACCAUCAGUUCCAGUUCGCCACCAAGCGUAUGCGCCAGGUAGUGGACGGGAUGGCAAUAGUGGAUCGGCAUCUGUUCCCGUGCGACAUGAAGUCGGUGGUGUGGAGCAAGUUUGGCGUCAACCAUAUCCGGGGCUGCCGGGUUUAUCUGCUUGGCGAGCCGUGGGAAACGAACGACGAGGCGCUACAGAUUUAUCGGCGCCGUCGGCUGAUACAUUGGUGCAUGCUGGGGGUGAUCUACUCGAUGUAUGUGGUGGUGGGCCUGCGCCUGCUGGAAGCGGCCGGCGUGCCCGAUCUGAGGAGCUUCUUGGGUUGUACACAAUUUGCUUGAAAUUCAUUCUUCGCCACCGUGUGCAUCGAUUGCUCAAUAAAAAUUGCCGUUGUUUUGUACUGUA